CUACCAUCAAAGGGGCCCUUGAAGACAUCGUUACAGGCCCACCAAGUACGAUUUGGAUGCUCUCUCACCUCUAGUACAAUCCCAUCAAGAUGGCUGACGAAGCUGCAUCGCGUGCUUUGUUGCUUGAUAGUGGAACGGCCGAGGCUGUGACAGUGAAUCAAAGAGCAUUGAUUGAUAAAAUUUUGGCAAGGUAUAGUAGCGAAUUUACCGUAUUUCGUGAAUUGAUUCAAAAUGCAGAUGAUGCAGGAGCAGAAACGUGUGAACUUCGAUUCAACAGUCAGGAUUAUAGCUCAACUUCCAAGGAAGCUCUUGAGGUACCAAACCUAAAAGCAACAUUGAGAAGUUGGAUGUUCAGAAAUAAUGGAAAAGCAUUCAGUGGAGAUGAUUGGAAUCGGCUAAGGCGAAUUGCUGAAGGGAAUCCUGAUCCCGAUCGGAUAGGUGCUUUUGGUGUAGGCUUUUACAGUUUGUUCUCCAUAUCUGAAGAACCAAUCGUUUCUUCUGGCGCCGAAUUGAUGGGCUUCUUUUGGAAAGACGACAGUCUGUUCACACGCCGGGCAAAGUCUCCUAAUGCAGAAGUAUCUCCAAAUGGUCAACCUUGGACAACAUUUCACAUGCCAUUGCGUGAACCAGCUCCAUUCUCUGAUUCCUUCUUGGACCUAUCACGAUUUCUGGCAACUUCGCUUACUUUCACAAGUAAUGUCAAAAGGCUAGGCCUAUACUUUGACGAUCGUCCGCUCUGUCGACUUCAUAAGGUCUUAGAACCGGCAAAGGCUCUAACUAUGCCUUCCCAUUUGAAUGCAACAAGCCCACGAAAGAUGUUGAAAGUACAGUCAAUGGAUACCACAGCAAUGCGUUUGGACGUAGAAGCGAUGAAACUUGUGACCGAUCUAGCAGAAAAGCCCAAACCAGCUCUGGUCAAUUUGGCUUCUGCGUUCUCAAAGACAGGAGGUGGAGGAUUAGCAAGUAUGCUGCAAAGCGCUUUCGGUAGAUCGAAAGAGAAGGAGCCCAAAGUGAUCACACCCGUUACGCCUUCGCCGGCCAUUGAUAUUGCGUCCAAGGCUGCAUCUGCUUUGACUACGACUUCGGCUACCGUUCACGUCAGAAUAGCAACAGCAACAACAGGAGUGAGCGUAGAUAGAGCUUUCGAAAGGGAAAUAGAGAGAAGCACGAAAAAGCCACCUCCAAGGGUGACGAAGUUACAAGUGAUUGCACAGAACAAACAAGAAUCCGAAGCAAGUAAAGAAGCCAGUCAUGGAGGUGAUAUCGCAGAAAUCUUCAAAGGCAUUGUCCCUUCCCUUGAUACCCAAGGACACGUCUUUAUCGGUUUCCGUACAAAUCAAACAACAGCAUUUACUGGUCAUUUGGCCGCACGAUUCAUUCCUACGGUCGAGCGAGAGAGUAUCGAUUUCGUAGACAAGUAUUGUGCACAAUGGAACAAUGAGCUAUUGGCUAUGGGAGGAUAUGUCACACGAGCUGUAUACGAAGCUGAGAUGGCUGAAAUUGGCAAAAUCUGGACUGAAAAGUUAGGAGCAAGCCGACCCAAAGACGACGAUCAAGUAGCAAAAGAUCUUUUGGAGAGAGCAUUGCAUGUUAUGCGAUUCUUCACCUUUCGUCGUUCUACUCCUUCUCCGCGUGUCCAUGAUGCACUCGAGACUGCAUUCUUUGGCUGCGCUCGUCAGAAUACUUUGACGUUGGCAUCCACUCGUGGUGUCAAGCAUUCAGCAUUGGUCAGAUUCCCAAAUGCAGUACUGGCUGACUUUGUGAAAGACUUGGCCGUUAUUCCGCCUUCGCACGUCGAGCAAGCUGGCGAUUUUAUCGCUCAGGUAAAGAGUAGGGGACUCGUUCGGGAGAUCACAAUGGAUGACGUUUUUUCAGAAUUGUCCGGGCGUGCUCUUUCGAUCGAGGAGAUGAUCUCAUGUCUCAAAUGGUGGGUCACUGUAGCCAAUCAUCCAAGUUAUGAUCCUACACUGCUGCGACAGUUGUUGAACAAUGCCUUGGUUGACGUUCCAGCAUCAAAAGAUGGCAAAGAAGCUAGCGUGCAGCAGCUAGCCGGUGUCAAAUCAUUCUUGAAUCCUCAACGUGUACCAACGGAUGUGCCUUUGCCGCCUUCCUGUCUGACGUAUGAGGUGUCAAAAGCUCUAUCAUCUCAAGAUAUGUCUAGAAUAUUUGGUUGGGGUGAGCUAACGGUUGCUCAAUGGGUAGAGCACAUUGCUGGUCUCAGUCGUGCAAAAGAUGCAGAGUUGGACAUAAACAUUCAGCUCUCACCUCCGUUUGCGGAAAAGGUGAUGGGAAUUGUUGCUCGAGCAUGGGGAUCACUACCCACUCAACAACUGGAAUUAAUCCAUGCUACGUUGAAAGACUUACCAUGCAUCCCCACACGUAAAGGCAUGACCAAACCAGGGGAAUCAUAUUUCGCAAAUGUCUCUUUGUUCGAUGAUCUACCAAUCGUCUCAUUCCCAACGCAAACACAAGUCAAGGGAAAUUUGGAAAAGGCUUUAGCCGCCUUGGGUGUGAGAAGACACGUGGAAUUGCAAAUGAUUUUUGAUCGAUUGGUUGCUGCAGGUGAUUGGGAUGUUACGCAACUGAUCACAUACCUUGCUUCCAACAAGGAUACUUUGAGUACAUUGGAGUUGGAGCGUUUGACAAAGACGGCCAUGUUCCCAAAAGCAGGAGAAGUUGGACCGCCAGGCAAAGAUGGAAAGCCUCGUAUCGUUCGAUAUCGAGCCUCACAAUUGUAUGAACCCACGGACACGCUUAAAGCACUCAAAUUACCCUUACUGGAUUGGCCAGGAAAAGUAUGGAGAGCAAAUUCUGAAGAAGCAAAGUUUGCAUAUGAAUUGGGUCUGCGAAGAUUCCCACCCCUGGAAGAAGUCUUGCGACUAGCAUCAUCGGCCAAUGAAGAUGAGCAAGUAAGAAAGAAAGCAUUUGCAUAUUUGCUCGAAAAAGUUCCAACUACAUACAAGAAUACAUACUCGCUCAAAUCGGCUGCCUCAUUCGCAUUCGUACCGUGCACGACCCCAGAAGGAAAGAUUGUUCUCAAGAAGCCUACCGAAGCAUUCACAAAUAAAGAAGCUGUCAUUUUGGGCUUCCCGUCUGUCAGUGAUGAGGUUGGCGUGAUGGAUGUGGCCAAGCUGGGCUUAAGAAGUAAUCCUUCGAAUGCUCAAAUUGUUGCUAAAUUGGUCAAUGAGCCUAGUAGGGAUAUUCAGAUCGCUCGUAAAGUGUUUGAGUAUCUCUCCAGUGUUACUGAGCUUACAAUGUCAGAUUACAAGCUUUUGUCAACCGCUUGCUUUAUCCCUGUCAAGAACAGCUCAAAUACAGCAGCAGCAGCGGCUGCUUCGUCCUCUCAAGGUGAAAAGACCGACAUCAUUCUCACAAGACCUGUUGAAACCUACUUCGGUGACAAGUCUACAAACAGUCAAUUGAAGGAUGUCUUGAAUGAAGUUUUCGUCUUUGUGGACUUUGGAGAACGGGCAUCAGUAUUCCUGCGAAAUUGUGGUGUUUCAAAAGAGCCUAGUAUCGAAGAAGUUGCCGUUCAACUUGUACGUGAUCCUCAAAGAUUCUUCCGUAUCGCUGGCGUGGAGAAUUACCUGGGCAUCUUACGUCAAAUUGCUACCAAUUGGCAAAGAAUACCCUACACCCUGCGUAACGAGAUGAAGAGGUCAAAGUUUGCGCUUGCUUCAAAGAGAAUCUCGGUUGCCAAACAAUCUCAAUCGAAUGGUAAAUCCGGAGAGAUUGAAAAUCUGAUGGACGCUGAUCUCGAUGAAGAUGACAAUGAUGAACAAGGAGUGUUGAUUCACGAUCUUAAGCGGCCUGAUGAGAUUGUCAUUGUCGAUGAUGCUGCUUCACAAAUGCUCUUCUCCGAAGUCGUCUUUGCUGUUCCGCAUGAGGACUUGAUCGAAGCAAUGAUGGCCGAAUUGGGAGUAAAGCGGUUGAGUACAUUGGUAGAGGAAAGGUAUGCCGCUGCUGGACAAGUACGAUUUGAUACACAACGAUGCGCUGAAGUGGCCGGAAUUGUGCUUGAACGUACGCCAUUGUUCAUCUUUGAGAAACGACAAUCAUCCAAAUCAGAAAUCCGGCGUGAUGCAGAAUGGCUCAAAAGUCAUCUACAGGUAGCACAAGUGGACGGAAGAGGGUUGCGAUUGACAAGGCAACUUCGAUUUGGAAGCAUCAAUGUGAGCAAUGAGCAGAGAUGCAGUGCAAUGGCAAGUUUGCAGAGUGGCAAAUUGACUUUGUACAUUGCCGAAAAUAUGGAUGUGGAUUGGUACGAGGUUGCAAUGGCAUUGGCUAAACAUCUGCUAAGUCGACAAACUUUACCAGACAUGUUACUUUACAUGACUAUCCUCUCAACCAGUCUGCGUAAUCUCAAAAGACGUGGUUUCCAUGUGGACAAAAUUCUUUCUCAACGCAAAGCAGAACGUGAAGCAUCAGAACGUGCAAUGCGAGAGGAGCGUGCAAAGGCUGAAUUGGAAGCUGCUCAAAGGCCUAGUGAAGGACAGAUUAAGCAAUGGACAAAAGAUAUGCUUGCCGUCUUCCCAGAUGCUGAUCCUACAUAUGUCGAAAGGCUGUUACGGGAGGCAAAGACCGAUCAUGUGGUCAAUGCGACCAACUCGAUGUUAGAGAGACCCUAUCCAAAGGCUCCACCUAAGAGACCAUCAGGAUUCGGAGCCGAUCCGAUUAAUGAUUCUAAAGCAGUCGCUGUCGCAGGCAAACAAGAUUCGUCUAUCGCUGCACCACAGCCUCCUACAGACUUUGGCGAUGCUCGCGGUUCAGGUUCGGGCGGAGGCUUUUUCAGCAAUUGGCGUAAUCGUUUAAAAGGAUCAGAAGGAGACAGUGGAGGUCCAAACUUGCCUGGAGGUUGGCAACCAGGUCAAACCAAGCAUCAAUUUCCCGAAGCGCUCACGGCUGCUUUACAAGCCUCUUCUGCUGGACAAGUACGUGAGAGUAUUGCGGGUAGUGUGAAUGCUGGUAAUACGACAAGUCAAGCCACUGCACGUAAUCCCAAUGCGGGUGUAACACCAUCAGCGAAUAUAAAGAGAAGAGUUCUUUCUGCCAUUGAUGCUUCAAGAGGAUCUGCUCCAAGUUCGUUCAACUCUCCUGGACAGUCGAUCGAAUCACAAGGACAUCAAACACGUGUAAAGGAAGCACAGAGCACGUAUUGUGACACUACUGGGGUGGCAAUGUCGUUGCGUCUUGCUGGUCAGAUUUCCAAUAUGAACGUAUACGUAUCACCUGAACUUGAUCCGAGUUCGACUUUGACAAAUAAUGGGCAGGCGAUGCAGUUGUUCAUCGAUCAAAUUAUCAAGCCAAUCAUUAGCGUUUUUAAUUUGGAUAUCAAGAGUGUUCACAUUUUUGUGGAUGUUAGCGGUCCAAGUAUUGCCUUUAAUCGUGCCGGACAAUUAUUCCUCAAUUUCCGUUAUCAUUUGGUUUGGUUUGAUGAAGAAGUUCGUCAAGGUCAAUAUACGAACGCUCUGAUCAGCACUUAUCAUUCUUUGGCACAUGAACUUGCACAUAAUCUUGUUGCUCAGCAUGAUUCAGAACAUGAAUUUUGGUUUAGUAGCAUUUGUGAACAGUACUUCAUACCUUUUGCAGCCAUUGUUGCUCAAGCUUCUGCAGCAUCUUCCGGCACCGCAAAUCUUCAAAUAGAAGCAGCAUGAAAUCUAGAUUCUUCCCUACUCAUAUUGUAUACUUAACGGUCAAUGAAUCUAUCUUAUCAUUUG